AUGCCUCAGAACGAGUAUAUGAAGCGCUUCACCGCGCUGCAUGGCCGCCGUCUUGACCAUGAGGAACGCACUCGCAAGCGGACUGCACGAGAGGCACACCAUGAAUCGAAGAAGGCGCAGAACUAUACUGGCCUGCGGGCUAAGCUGCACCAGCAGAAGCGCCACAAGGAGAAGAUCCAGAUGAAGAAGGCCAUCAAACAGCAGGAGGAGAAGAACGUCAAGUCGUCCGAGCCAGCACAACCCUCGAGCACGCCACUUCCCAGCUACCUGCUUGACCGAAGCAACACCACAAACGCGAAAGCACUCAGUUCGGCAAUCAAGAACAAGCGAGCUGAGAAGGCUGCCAAAUUCAGUGUGCCUCUUCCCAAGGUCCGAGGCAUCAGCGAGGAGGAGAUGUUCAAGGUGGUCAAGACGGGCAAGAAGACUGCCAAGAAGAGCUGGAAGCGCAUGAUCACAAAGCCUACCUUCGUCGGUCCCGAUUUCACCAGAAGACCGGUCAAGUACGAGCGUUUUAUUCGUCCUAUGGGUCUGCGAUACAAGAAGGCCAACGUCACACAUCCGGAGCUGGGCGUAACUGUGCAACUGCCGAUCAUCAGUGUCAAGAAGAACCCACAGAACCCCAUGUACACACAAUUGGGUGUCUUGACUAAGGGAACGAUUAUCGAAGUCAACGUCAGCGAAUUGGGUCUUGUUACAGCAGGUGGCAAGGUUGUCUGGGGACGAUGGGCACAGAUUACCAACAAUUGCGAGAACGAUGGUAAGUCAGUCUAG